AUGACAACUAGCAUACUUGAUACUUAUCCUCAAAUCUGUUCGCCUAACGCUCUUCCAGGUACUCCCGGAAAUUUAACCAAGGAGCAAGAGGAGGCCCUUUUGCACUUCAGGUCGAUUUUGCUAGAACAAAACUACAAAGAAAGAUUGGAUGAUUCCACACUGUUGCGAUUUUUAAGAGCAAGGAAAUUCAACGUCAAUGCUGCCGUUGAAAUGUUUAAGGAAGCUGAACGAUGGAGAGAAGAAUAUGGUGCCAACACUAUUAUCGAGGAUUACGAAAACAAUAAAGAAUCUGAAGACAGAGAAAGAAUCAAAUUGGCUAAGAUGUACCCUCAGUACUAUCAUCAUGUUGACAAGGAUGGAAGGCCGUUGUAUUUUGAAGAGCUCGGAGGAAUUAACUUGAAGAAGAUGUAUAAGAUCACUACUGAAGAGCAAAUGUUAAGAAACUUGGUCAAGGAGUACGAACUUUUUGCCAGGCACAGGGUCCCGGCAUGUUCGAGGAGGGCCGGUUACCUGAUUGAAACCUCGUGUACCGUGCUGGACUUGAAGGGAAUUUCGUUAUCGAAUGCGUACCAUGUGCUCUCUUACAUCAAGGACGUUGCAAGUAUCAGUCAAAACUAUUAUCCUGAGAGAAUGGGCAAAUUCUAUAUCAUACAUAGUCCCUUCGGUUUCUCUACAAUGUUUAAAAUGGUCAAACCCUUUUUAGAUCCCGUCACUGUGUCGAAAAUAUUCAUCCUGGGUUCCUCUUACAAAAAGGAAUUGUUGAAGCAAAUCCCUAUAGAGAACCUACCCGUUAAAUAUGGUGGCAAAUCCACUUUGCGUAAUUCUAACGAUAGGUUGUAUUAUUCUGAUAUUGGUCCUUGGAGAGACCCAAAAUAUAUCGGACCGGAAGGUGAAAUCCCCAACAUUUUUGGUAAAUUCACUGUUACCGACUAA